AUGAUAAAAUUAAGAAGAAUCCUGAUAGCAUUGAUGGCGGUGUCCUACUCAGCAGCCCAUCUGCCAACGCUACCAAUUCGAAUCUCCAAUGGCCUACUUCGUGGAACUGUUGCUCUGGAUAAUUCGCAUGUUAGAUAUCACGGUAUACCUUAUGCCGUUGCAAAUAGAUUUCAGAGUCCAAAACCAGCACCAAAAUGGGAAGGUAUUCUUGAUGCUAUCAAUGAAUACAGUCGAUGUCCACAACGAUUUUUAAGUUUUGUUAUAGGAAAUGAGGACUGUCUUACUCUUAAUGUUUACGCUCCAAUAAAGCAAAGAAAUCGGUCAUACCCCGUGAUGGUAUUUAUACACGGCGGAGGCUUUAGAGAUGGAUCUGGAUCUCCUUAUAUAUACGGACCAGAAUUUUUUGUCAACCAUAAUGUUAUUCUGGUCACAUUUAAUUAUCGUCUUGAAGUUUUGGGUUUUCUUUGCCUAGGCAUAAAGGAAGCUCAAGGAAAUAUGGGCUUAAAAGAUCAAGUGGAAGCUCUACGUUGGGUGAGAAAAAAUAUAAUAGCUUUUGGAGGUGAUCCCGAUAAUGUUACAAUAUUUGGUGAGAGUGCAGGUUCCGCUUCUGUGCUCUAUCAUAUCUUAUCACCGAUGUCCAAAGGUUUAUUUCAUAAAGCUAUAUUAGAAAGUGGUUCUGCCAUGUCAUUUUGGGCGACACAGUUUAACCCUAAGGAUAUAGCGUUUCACCUUGCACAACAAUUGAAAUACAACACGACGGAUGUAUAUGAAGUUUUGGAUAUGUUCAAAAAGAAAACUGCAGCGGAGUUACUUAGCACAAGGGUGCCUAGAUCUAAUGGAGAUAUAGUGCAAUCGGAAAAUAUAUUUGUCCCUUGUAUUGAGACUUCGAUUCCUGGAACUGAAGCGUUUUUAACAGCUAGCCCCUAUGUUGUACUUAAUAGCGGCAAAUUUAAUAAAGUGCCUGUAAUAAUUGGAUUUAAUAACGCAGAAGGAUAUAUGUUUGUGGGUAAGGAAAAUAAAACAACUAAGUCUAUGUUUAACUUCCUUGACUCGCUACCACGAGAUUUACAAUUUCCGGAUAUGAGUGCAAGGUUAGAGACUGCAGAAAAUCUAAAAAAUAUAUAUUCUUCCAAAGAAAAUAGUUCAGAUGUCAGUGUAGACAGCUUAGUUAAAUAUGAAGGUGAUGCUGGAAUUAGAUUUCCUGUCGUAUCUACAACGGAUUUGUUGAUAAAAAAUUCUGGGAAACCGGUAUUUUCUUACAAGUUUUCAUACAGCGGUUUAUUAAAUUUAGUAAAGAUAUUUUACGGAUUUGGUACAAGCCCUGGUGCAUCACACGGUGACGAGCUCCCUUAUUUAUUUAAAAUAGAAGGUUUUUGGCCAAUAGCAACGUUAGAGAUGAAAAUGAUUGAUACAAUGACAACUAUGUGGAGCAAUUUUGCAAAAUAUAGUAAUCCAAUCCCAUUCAAGACGGCGCAGCUUCCAGUAAAGUGGGAACCGGCGACCCUCAAGGAACCCAAUCAGUUAGUCAUUAAUACGCGCAUGUCUACCGCGCCUUUAUGGGAAGAUGAGGCUUUAUUACUAUGGAAUGAAACCUACUCCAAAUACAGAAAAUUAAAUUAA